AUGGUGCUACGCAAUCUCAGCCACGCUCGAUGCGCCCACCGGGCCCACCAGGCCCGGGAAAUGGACGACCUCCAGGCCCUGGAUACGAUGAUGGGCGCGGCUAUCCUCCUGGUGGAAGACCACCGCCGCAAUCGCGGCCAAGAACACCUGGUGGACGCCCACCCCCAGGCGGUACCUUCGACAAUCCCUUUCCCUCCUUCCCAAAUCGAGACCCAAGAGAUCCGAGGGCGCCUAGAGACCCGCGAGACCUGCGAGACCCCCGAGACCCAAGAGAUCCGAGGGCGCCUAGAGACCCGCGAGACCUGCGAGACCCCCGAGACCCAAGAGAUCCGAGAGCGCCUAGAGACCCGCGAGAUCCUAGAGACCCGAGAGCGCCCAGAGACCCGCGAGAUCCUAGAGACCCGCGAGAUCCUAGAGACCCCAGAAGAGGCCCUCGAGAUCCUAGAGACCCGCGAGAUCCUAGAGACCCCCGAGAUCCUAGAGAUCGGGGCGGCCCACCAUCCCGAGGAGGGCUAG